UCUGGAAUGCACAUUGCCACGAAACACACCAUAGGUCUCCACACUGACAGCUUCCAACAUUCUCACCAGCGUGCUGCACAUGUGUGCGUUUCAUGAGCCUUCAGCGUUGAAUAAGGAUGCAGUGACGGUACAGUUUGACGACUGGCGCCAAGUUGGCUUGAGAACAUCGGUGAAUCUUAUCUUCAGAACAACCGAAAGGACAAAGUACUUGAAGUUUACCAAAACGUAAGUCCACCAAUUAUUGCCCAUCUGAAGAAAGAUGCCAGAACAACUUCAAACCGGGGAUUAUGCGGCAGUGGGCGGGUACUUCGUGCUGGUGUUGGGCGUAGGAAUAUGGUCCAGCUUACGACGUGGUAAAAACAGUGCGGAGGGCUACUUCCUUGCCGGGAAACACAUGACAUGGCUUCCGAUAGGGGCAUCACUGUUCGCAAGCAAUGUUGGUGCUCCCAUGUUCAUUGGCUUAGCAGGCGCCGGGGCUGCAUCCGGGUACUCAGUUGUGGUUUACGAAUGGAUAGCAUCUUUCCUGCUGAUUAGUCUUGGAUGGUUUUUCGUUCCUGUUUUUGUCGCCAGUGGGGCCUACACUAUGCCUGAAUAUCUGAAGAAGCGGUUCGGAGGAGUUCGUCUCAGAAUCUGUCUCUCCAUCCUUGGGCUGUUCCUGUACAUCGUUACGAAGAUAUCGAUUGAAAUCUACUGCGGGGCUGUGUUCAUGCAGCUACUUCUUGGCUGGAAUCUCUACAUGUGCAUCAUUGGCAUACUGGCCGUUACAGCUCUAUAUACAGUCAUAGGCGGUCUCGUUGCAGUUAUGUACACCGACACAUUACAAACAUUUAUAAUCUUAAUAGGAGCCUUUAUUCUGACAUUCAAAGGCUUCCAACAAAUCAACGGCUUCGGGGGUUUAGAAGAAGGUUUUUUGACUGCUGUCUCCAACACAACUAAGACUAACGCCACUCACUACACCUGUGCUCUUCCCCCGAAGGACUCUUUGCACAUCUGGAGAGAUCCUGUGGAUGGGGACAUUCCAUGGCCAGGGGCUGUCUUUGGCCUAACCAUCAUAGCUGCGUGGGUGUGGUGCACUGAUCAGUUGAUGGUCCAGCGAGCGCUCUCAGCUAAGAACAUCAGUCAUGCUAAAGGUGGAUCCCUGUUUGCCGGAGCAUUGAAGAUAUUACCUUUCUUCCUCUGGAUUAUUCCAGGGAUGAUAAGUCGCAUCCUCUACCCAGAUGAAAUAGCAUGUUCUACUCCUGAGCGAUGUUACGAAGUAUGUCGGAACAGAGCUGGAUGUACGAAUAUCGCCUACCCUCUCUUGGUGCUGAGGCUAUUGCCGGAAGGUCUCCGAGGUCUGAUGCUUGCUGCUCUGCUUGCUGCCCUCAUGAGCUCACUGACCUCCAUCUUCAACAGUGCAAGUAGCAUGUUCACGAUGGACGUCUGGCCUCGGAUCAGAAAGAAGCCCUCGGAGAAUGAACUGAUGAUAGUUGGACGAGUAGCAGUGCUCGCCUGUACAGCAAUAGGCAUACUGUGGUUACCAAUCUUGCAGCAAGCCCAGGGAGGGCAGCUGUGGGGGUACUUGCAGUCAGUAACGGCUUACACUGCUCCUCCUUGGCAGACAGUAUUCAUGUUUGCUCUACUGUGGAGACGGACAUCUGAACAGGGUGCCUUCUGGGGUUUGAUCGCGGGGCUGGUUGUUGGGAUAAUCCGCAUGGUCGUGGACUUCACACACCCAGCCCCUUACUGUGGCAGUGAAGAGGAAGACACUCGCCCGGGAGUUUUGAAGCAUGUGCAUUUCCUCUACUUCGCCAUGAUCUCGGCUGCUGUUACUUCAGUAGUCAUCGUCCUUGUCAGUCUGUGCACGGAGCCCAGAUCAGAAGUUCAGAUUGGGCGCACUACGUGGUGGACACGCCACAACGCUGAUCCAGACUUGGACCUAGAGAAAGGAGAAGGUGACAUCAAUUUAGAGAAGGUAAACGACAGUGAUGACAACGAAGACAACGAUUUUGAGAAGAUAGAGGAAAAUGGUGACGCCAUAACUGACGAAAAUAUGAAAUCAGCCGAGGUAGAAGACGGCCAGUUUGACACUGAGGUGCACCGGAAAGGUAAGGCAAUAUGCAAAGCUAUUGCGAUGUGGAUGUGCGGGAUGACCCAGAGGAAGUCCCGGAUCCUGUCACCCUAUGAACGAGCAGCCAUACAGAAGCGAUUUACCAGUUUGGAAGAAAAUGAGACAACAAAAGCUGUGUUGAAUAUUAGCGCCAUUGGACUUUCAAUGCUGACUGCCUUUCUCUUUGGUUAUUACAGUUAAAAAAAGUAUCUUUUUUAUGCAAAUCAUUAAAUGUAUUAAUCAUAUGUAAUAAGAUGAGUCGUUCAUGAACUGUUUCAUCAGCUGCAAUGUGUUUGCUCAAAUUAAAGCUUUGUCGCUACUAUUAGAUUUGACAACCGCAGCCAUGGAUACUUCACACCUGACAUAUGAUUUGGGGACAUUGAAGGCCAAGGUCAAUUGGUAUGAUCAAGGCAUCGAAAAGUUGAACUUGAGAAUUAAUGAUUGGAAUUUGAUGACACUUGGUUUACAUGACCUCCAAGGCGGGUUCCGACAGCAUCAACUUUUGGUCGACCGCUGUGUAAGGUCAAGGUCACCGUAGGACAAAUGAUUGAACAUCGCUUAAAUUUUGUGGAUAGGUCACUGUACACCUUUUUUGAACUUGGGAAAUUUGAUUUUAAUUCAUGAAAAUAAUAACAAAACAGUUUUCAAUGAUAAAUAAUACAUAAUCACUUUCUUCUAUACUCAUACUAUAUUUCAAUCACCACACGUGUAAUUUCUUUUACUGCAUUGGUCUUAUGUUGUCAUGGAAUUUGGAGUUUGCAUAACUGUGUUGUAAAGGUAGCUACAGGCAUGCAUUUGUUUGUUUUAUAUUACAUUAUCCGUAUUGUUGUCAUUAAACCGGUGGUGCCUAAGGUAGACAGAGGCAUGGACCGAUCUCUUUCAAAGUUGAACUGCAUUGGGCAUUUAUUUUCUGAAAACGGCAGUGGUGUUAUUUUACUAGAAGUGUUUAUCACUUUGUCAUGAAUGUAGCUAGAGGCAAUGGACUUUCUGUUUCUACGUUGUACUGCAUUUGACAUCUGUUUACUUAAAUCCGGAAGUGAUGUAAUUAAACCGGAAGGGCUUAUAACUUGUUUGGGGUGGCUAUAUGGCAUAUGUUUAAAUUGUACUUCAUUUUGACAACAUUAGGGAUCAAAGAUGAAUAUAGAUGGAUGUUGGUUCCAUCUUUGUUCAUGAUACAUGUUUCUGUUGGGAAAGCUUUGGGGCACUCAAAGGUGGUGAUGGGGCUUUCUGUUCUUUUGCGUGUAAUGCGUACACUUUUGUAUACUUUAGUCUCUUGGACUCAAAAGGAUACGUCAGAUGGGUACAGUGUUCCCGUGGUUAGCGGGAGCAAUGUAAGAAACAAUUUUAACCACAAACAUGAUCUAACGUUUAAUACUUGCAUCACAAUGUGCCUCCCUAUAGACAUUGAAACUCUACCUGUUACUUUUGUCAUGUGAUCAGAGUGAGUGAGUGAGUGAGUGAGUGAGUUGGGUUUAACGCCGCUUUUGACA